CAGAUUCGUAAUGGAAAGCACGAAGUAGUCCUGGUUUCUACGCUUUGCUUCCUCCUUCCCACCUGAAAUUCCAAACUCUUUGUCACACAAACACAGCUCUUCGAAGAUCUCAGAUCACCCAACCACAGCUGCCCUACAAUUCACAGACGAACCAACCCCAGCGACCCAUAGAAGAGAGAGAAUAGCUCAAGAAAGAUGUUGCCGACGACUUCGAGAGGUCGGUCGUCGUCCUCUACAUCUCGGACGACCAAUCCCCUCUUCAUUCAGUACCUCCGCCGCAUAAUCAAGUGGCAGCAAAUGGACAUUGAGUAUACAUUUUGGCAAAUGCUUCAUCUAUGCACCUCACCAAAAGUUGUCUAUCAGCACACUAAGUAUCACAAGCAAACUAAGAACCAAUGGGCACGUGAUGAUCCUGCUUUUGUUGUGAUCUGCAGCCUUCUACUUGCAGUUGCAACCCUGGCUUAUUGUGCUGCGUAUGAUCAUAGUGCUGCACAUGCUGUUUUUGUAGUUAUUUCAGUUUUGCUUUUCCAUUUUUUGUUCAUUGGGAUGCUUCUGGCUACGUUUUGCUGGUUCCUGACUAAUUCUUACCUUCGGGAAGAGGCUCCAAAUAGUCAUGUUGUUGAGCAGCGUGUUGAAUGGCUCUACGCAUUUGAUGUGCACUGCAACUCUUUCUUCCCGAUGUUUGUUAUGCUCUACGUGCUCCAUUAUUUUCUGUCACCUCUUUUGGUAGCUCAUGGUUUCAUCCCUGUAUUGCUAUCAAAUUUGCUAUUCAUGGUGGCUUCUUCAUACUAUCAUUAUCUCAACUUCUUAGGUUAUGAUGUACUGCCAUUCCUGGAAAGGACCACUUUCUUCCUGUACCCAAUUAGUAUUGUCAUAGUCCUCUCUCCUAUCUUGAUUUUGAGUGGCUUCAAUCCUUCAAGAUAUUUCAUGAACGUGUAUUUCAGUCAUCGGUUAUGAGUUAAUGGGGGAACACACAUUUAGAAUAGCACAUAUUGUAAGGUUGGGGAACCAAUUGCAAGACCACAUCAACUUCAGAUGUCAUCGAUGGAUUCUUGAUUGCUUCUAUGAUAUGAUUCGCCAGCAGGAGCUCACAUGGGAAGACACUUCCUGUCGCUUUCUUUCUAGGCAAUUUACCACUGAAUGGAAAGUUGGAACCAACUAGAUAGGGCAUCAAGUAUUUCUGUAGGGAUUCUGAAUAUUGAGAUUGUAUCAAACACUACGAUUUGUCCCCAUGUUGAAUCGAUGCUUUGCAUUUUAUAUAAAUUUUGAAGAAACUACAGCUGAGUGGCUGACUUCUUUUUGAA